AUGUCCAGGAAGUUGUGUCUCCGCAAUAGUACUCGCGGGUCGUCAUCGCAAUCAUUGACUGACGAACUUCAUCUGACUACUGGCGAGCACAAUAGUCAAAACCUACUUACAAGCGCUCACCUAUGGAGACCCUCUGUGAACGAUCCACGGCUACCAGCCGGGGAAUACAAAGGACGGACUAUAGGAGGACCCUAUAUAUUCCGAAAUUCUUUCAUCUUCACUUCGAGCCCUCAUAUCAUCACGAAAAUAUCCCUUGCGAGAGUGGACAAUGAUGGGAGUCACAGUGGGGAGGGUGGAUCGUUUAGCUAUUUUCUAGGGCUCGAACGGAACUUAUUAAUCAGCGAUUCAGCUUUACAUAUAUUGUGGAGUAUGGAACGGACGGAUCUAUUAGUGUUUAUUCCUUUUGAACGGAUACGGAAUGCGCAACGGAGUUCCCUUUUCCUUGUGCGGAGGAGUCUUGCCGCAUGA